AUGCAUAUUCUAUCAACUAGUACCGCGGCCACAACCCGCGAGUCGAGAAGUUCGACCAUUUCUCGCUGGCUAACACACCGGGGCACCUUGAACUGCCCGAGCGAUGCACCUCGUGACACGGCCCACUCCAUUACCUCUUCAAACGUCCCAUCUUUCACAACCCUAAUCUCCAACGGCCCAAUCGAGCUAUCCCUCAACAUACGGUACACCCAAUUGAACGAUUCCUCCAUCGCCACACAACACUCUUCCCACACGGCCCGCGUGUGCCGGGACAGUCGUGGGGUCCACGCGGCUCGUGUAGUCGAGCACUCUAAUCCCGUGCGGAAGGAGAAGUCGGGCCGCUUUCUCCACCGCCUCUUGGAGCUCCGUUUCCUUAGUGUUCUCCCAAUCGAUCAACACGUCUUUCCGUCUCACGAACCGGAAUUUCGGGGCCGAGUUGUGGAAACCGGAGGCUUGGACGAUGUCGCCGAGUUGGUACCGGUAGAGCCCGGAAAACGUAGUGACCACCACCUCGUACUCCUUGCCGACCUCGACGUUGACCAAGUCAACAGGCUCCGAGCGGUCGUCGGCCGGAAAGAACUCGAAAUAGGCCAUGCAUGGCAUGAAGGUGUAGGAGACCUCGGAUGGGCGACACGUGGGGUCAAGUCCUCCGCCGUAGUAUUCGAGGGUCGGGAUGUAUUGGGCCAUUGGGCCCGUGACGAUUGUGUUGAGAUAUUUCGCGUUGGGCCAGAUUCGGGGGAUGAUCCCGGCCCAGUCGUCCCUGGCGCACUCGCGGGCUAUGAAGUCCGCCAGGUCAGGGUCGGGUCGUGCGACCCGCGGCAUGCAGUCGCGGAUCGCAGGGUCGGUCACCUUCGGGUCGAGCGACCCGGUUCGUAUGUCGUGGGUCAGUUGUUGCCAGUUGUGCUCGAGAAACUUGAUUGCACGGACGAAGCCGUACGCGAAGAGUUUCCCAAGCCAGAAAACUUGUUCGCGCGCGUAGAGGCCGCAGAGCAUUUGCGCGUACAUGCUUUGAAACGAGUCAGAGCAGAUAACGGCUUCGGUUGGGCUCGUGAAAGUAUCUUCGUUGUAAGUGAGCGCCGUUUGUACGGUGACCCCGCCUUGAGUUUUGGACUCGGCUCUCGUGAACAUGAAGUUGAGCCCUUUGCCUUUGUCCAGCCCCUCAAAAUGCCUAAGAGUGACCUGAUGAGAAAUGUGGAGAUGGGUUGA